AUGGAUAUGAGAUUGCACGUUUUUGAGUCUUACUUGCUUGGAAUGAGUGACACGUUUAACGAGGGGUCGCAUAUACAAUUUACUACAUCUGUACUUGGUCCCGGUAAAUGGUGGUGUUAUGGGGUGUUGGGUGUCUCUUGCAUGCUUCCAUUUGUAGCUUCUCCUUCUUGUGCAUACAAUGGCUUGUCUAGUCAUGUGUCUCCUUCACUUCGUUUUCCUUGGGGAUUGAUUUAUCUUCUACAUCUCACAUUGCAGAUGGCACCCAAGAGGGCUAGGACCACAGCUCAGCCCGGUAGUGGAUCGGUAGAGCGUGAGGUUACUCUAUCCGACCUAUCACCUGAUGUGGCAGCUAUCUUUACUUCUCGAGGUUGGGAAUCCUUGCUGAUUGGUGGUUCGUCCUUCCGCGUGUUCCUCCGGGGUCAAACCCUUAGGAUUUCCCCUGAUGUUAUUUCCUGUUCCAUAUAUGUUCCCCGUGUCAUUCACCCCGUUUACUCGUAUCUCUUGGUUGAUUCUAUUCCGACCAAUUCUCUAGUUCGAUCCACCUUGUUUAAUAGCCCUUUGGGAGAUUUUGUUGCACAUUGGGUGUACAAAUCUGUGAUCCGUCUCCCACACUUCUUCCCUACCUAUGGACAAGGUGAGGUUUCUUUUUGCUUUACUCAUGGAGAUUCAAUUGACCUACCUACCUUCAUUUGCCAACACAUUCUACGUACCUUUCGCACUUCCGGUCAUCGAAUUGGUCUGCCGUAUGCUUGCUUGAUCCACCGCUUGGUGACAUCACUGGGGCCUUCCUUUCCCGAUGGGGUCUCACGACGAGUGCUUCGUCCCAUAGGGCACACUACCAUCUUUCAAAGUAGGUCACAUGUCACCUCUUUUGCCUCUGCCUCUGCCUCUGCCUCUGCCUCUGCUCCUGCUAAGCCCGUCGACCCGACAGUGCCUGCUGAUCCUUUGGGUGAUUUACUUGCUGAUCUCUCAGCUAUUCCUUCGCCUCCUUCCGAGGUUCAUCCGUCCACUUCAGAUAUUCCCUCUUCUUCCACUUCUAUUCCGCCACCCGACCAGCUUACUCCGGCUACUGUUCCUGUUGACCCCACUAUCGCACUUAUAGGUCAGAUGUCGAUUCUCAUUGAGCAGCAAGCCCACAUGAUGGCUGACAUUACUCAGUUACGAGUUGCUUCCGAGCAUCAUACUGUGGAGUUUGCUACAUUACGAGAGGCUAUUACUCUUGUUCAGCGUGGUAUUCGGUGGAUGCGCGAGCACUGGGAUUAUGAGUCUGACGCCCAGGAUUCUGAGGACGGGGAUGUCGGAGAUGAUGGUCCUGCUUAGUUGCUUGGAGUUCCCCUUGCCAUUUGUGAUAAAAAGGAGGAGUGGGGUUAAUUUUUGGGAUUUAUUGAUAUUUUUGGCUGGAUUAUGUAUUGAUGCUUUGCACUAUUGAUGUAUGUUUUUGGUUGUUUGACUUACAUUGAUAUUAAUAUUAUCUCUUAAUCUAGUAUAUUAGUACAUUGUUAUGGCUAUUCAUGAUUCUUUACCUUUUAUGUACUUAUGUUACUGUUUCUCGUGCUUUUACACUAGGUAUGUGAGUUGUGAUUUCAGGAAACAGGUUAAAAGAUGACAAGGCAAUAGUGAGUUGAGUCUAUGUAUUAGAUUGUCAUUGCUGCUGUAAUUUGCUUUUGUCACGGAAUGCCAAAGGGGGAAUUUGUUAGAUUUUGUGCUGGCUAUUCUGUGAACAAAAGGGUAAAAGUGUAAAUGCUCAAAAGUUUGGAGUCAAUUUGUCAAUUAUUAAAAGAUAGGAGUCAUUGUGCACCUGUGUAAAACAUGAGGGACUCAGUUGAAAUUUUGGCAAAGUGUGCUAGGGUUUGACCUAUGAAGUAGGGCAAGAUGUGUCUAUCGAAGUUUCGCUAGCUGCUCGCCAAGUGGUCGUUCGAGCGACAAAAACAGAAUGGUCGUGGCUCGCUUCUCGCCCCCACUUUGCUCGAAUGAAACAACGUCACUAGCUUGUCGCUCGAACGACAGUGUUACCCAUAAAACCCUAUUUUCCUUUUUUCGAUACUUUAACCCGACCAGAAAUACCAAAAAGACAUAUACAGGAGAAAAACUGCGCCGAAUUCGAAAUGUGCUUUCAAGGUAUUGAAAUUGAAGAAAACUCUCCUACAAUUUAACUUUCUCAUUCAACCCUAUAUUUGAUUUGAUCAAUUACAUGAAAAAGAUCAAAUCAACAUUAGUCAAACACCACAACACAAUCUUCUAGUGCCUUUGUUGAUUCUUGGAGAUCGAGGAAUGAGAUCGGAGUCUCGAUUAUUAGAGAACAGACGUUUCUCUUGAAUCAACAGGAGAUAGACAAAAUCAAGACUUGGGAAUUGGUGUAGCACGCAAUCCAGGAGGGCUAGGUGCCGGGAGUUGGUGCAGGAUCACACAUUCCAGGAAUGGCUUGAGGAAACUAUGGUCAGGAUGUCAGAAAAACCAGUUUAGGUUGAGUCUGGCUGAUUGUAAAUUUCAUUUACGUUUAUAGUGGAUUCCUACUGGCUUGGGCCCAGAGUUUUACCCACAUUGAGAUUUCUCCGUCAUCAAAUAAUUGUGUAUAUUUAUAUUUCUGCAAUUAAUUUAUGAUCGAUAUUCAAACA